CCCCCCAUCGCGGACAUGACGAGGGUCCUACUCCUGUUCCUCCUCCUCUCGUGCACCGGGCCGACGAGGGGCAACGUGUCCGCGCAGAGGGGCAACGUGCACAACGAUCCCCUGGUCGUGGAGACGACGAGCGGCCUCGUCCGCGGUUUCCCCCGCACGGUGCUGGACAAGGAGGUGCACGUGUUCUACGGGAUACCGUUCGCCAAACCACCGAUCGGGCCCCUCCGUUUCAGGAAACCGUUGCCGAUCGAGCCGUGGCACGGCGUGCUUAACGCGACCGUGCUGCCCAACAGCUGCUAUCAGGAGAGGUACGAGUACUUCCCGGGCUUCCCCGGCGAGGAGAUGUGGAACCCGAACACGAACAUAUCCGAGGACUGUUUGUACCUGAACAUCUGGGUGCCUCAGAAGUUUCGCCUCAGGCACAAGGGUUCCGAGCCCCACAACAACGGCCCCUCGAGGAACGGUGGCCUCCUCCCCCUCCUGGUGUGGAUCUACGGGGGCGGGUUCAUGAGCGGGACGGCCACCCUCGACGUGUACAACGCGGACAUAAUGGCGGUGACCAGCAACGUGAUCAUAGCCUCGAUGCAGUACAGGGUGGGCGCGUUCGGUUUCCUCUAUCUGAACAAGCACUUCACCAACAGCGAGGAGGCGCCCGGGAACAUGGGUCUGUGGGACCAGGCGCUCGCCCUCAGGUGGCUGAGGGACAACGCGGAGGCGUUCGGCGGCGACCCGGAGUUGAUCACGAUCUUCGGCGAGUCGGCGGGCGGCAGCUCCGUCUCCCUGCACCUCAUCUCCCCGGUCACCCGGGGCCUGGUGCGCCGGGGUAUACUGCAGAGCGGCACCCUGAACGCGCCCUGGAGCUACAUGAGCGGGGAGAAGGCGAACGAGGUUGCCAGGAUACUGGUCGACGAUUGCGGGUGCAACUCGACCAUGCUCCACGAGAAUCCGGCCAGGGUGAUGGCGUGUAUGAGGUCCGUGGACGCGAAGACGAUCUCCGUUCAACAGUGGAACAGUUAUUGGGGCAUCCUCGGCUUCCCCUCCGCCCCGACCAUCGACGGCAUCUUCCUGCCCAAGCAUCCCCUCGAUCUGUUGAGGGAGGCAGAUUUCAAAGACACGGAGAUACUGAUCGGUAACAACGAGAACGAGGGAACUUAUUUCAUCCUCUACGACUUCAACGAUAUUUUCGAGAAGGACCAGGCCAGUUUCUUGGAACGCGAAAGAUUCCUUGGUAUUAUCAACAACAUCUUCAAGAACAUGUCUCAAAUUGAACGAGAAGCCAUUACUUUCCAGUACACGGACUGGGAGGAAGUGUACAACGGCUACAUUUACCAAAAAAUGGUUGCGGACGUGGUUGGCGACUAUUUCUUCAUCUGUCCCUCGAUCCACUUCGCCCAAUUGUUCGCCGAUCGUGGCAUGAAGGUCUACUACUACUUCUUCACGCAAAGGACGAGCACCAAUCUAUGGGGCGAGUGGAUGGGCGUAUUGCACGGUGACGAGGUUGAGUACGUGUUCGGCCAUCCCCUGAACAAGUCUCUCAAGUACAGCGACAAGGAACGAGAUCUGUCCUUGAGAAUGAUACUCUACUUCUCUCAAUUCGCCUAUUCGGGGUAA